AAAAAAAAAAAGAAAGAAAGAAAAAAGGCGUCUACCAAAGCGGCUCAAAACGGGCGAACGAAUGCAACCCAGCCAUGGACAAUAGUGGCCACCACACUGCGACCAAAAUCCUAGCGACUUCUUCGGCCAGAGAAAACUUGUCUUCCAGGAGCAACAUGAUCAGCACGCCCAAGCCCCUCGCCUUCUCCAUUGAGCGCAUCAUGGCGCGGACGCCAGAGCCCCGCUCCAUCCCCGUCCCGCAGCUCCUCCACAACUCCGUGGCCAAAGGCGACCCCAAGCACCCGCUGCACCUGAACUCCUCCAUCCCCUGCAUGAUCCCCUUUGUCCCGGUGGCGUACGAUCCUCUGCCCAAAGCGGCGGUGGCCGGAGCGGAACCCAGGAAGGCUCAUUCAGACUCUUCUUCCUCGCCCUCCUUUAGCUGCGGCGAUCUCUUGAACUGUGCCCUGAGUCUGAAAGGAGAUUUCCCCCGCGAUGCCCUGCCCUUGCAGCAGUACAAACUGGUAAGACCCCGAGUGGUCAAUCACUCCUCCUUCCACGCCAUGGGAGCCCUGUGCUAUUUCAACCGAGGCGACAGCCCUUGUCACCCGUCCUCCAGUGUCAACAUCCACCCAGUAGCUUCUUAUUUCCUCAGCUCUCCCUUGCACCCUCAGCCCAAGGCUUACCUGGCGGAGCGGAACAAGCUGGUGCUGCCGGCCGUGGAAAAGUACCCAGCGGCGGUGGCCUUCAAGGACUUGUCACAGGCUCAGCUGCAGCAUUACAUGAAAGAAAGUGCUCAGAUCCUCUCGGAAAAAAUCGCCUAUAAGACCUCGGAGUUUAGCCGCGGCUCCCCGACCAGCAAGCCCAAAGUUUUCACGUGUGAAGUUUGUGGAAAGGUAUUUAAUGCACAUUAUAACUUAACUCGCCAUAUGCCGGUGCACACCGGAGCCAGACCCUUUGUUUGCAAAGUUUGCGGGAAGGGCUUCAGACAGGCAAGCACGCUCUGCCGGCACAAGAUCAUCCACACUCAGGAAAAGCCACACAAGUGCAACCAGUGCGGCAAAGCUUUUAACCGGAGCUCGACCCUGAACACGCACACACGAAUACACGCCGGCUACAAACCUUUUGUGUGUGAAUUUUGCGGCAAAGGAUUUCACCAGAAAGGCAAUUACAAAAACCACAAGCUAACUCACAGCGGGGAGAAACAGUUCAAGUGCAAUAUCUGCAACAAGGCUUUCCACCAGGUGUACAACCUGACCUUCCACAUGCACACCCACAACGACAAGAAGCCCUUCACCUGCCCCACCUGCGGCAAGGGCUUCUGCAGGAACUUUGACCUCAAGAAGCACGUCCGCAAGCUGCACGACAGUGCUCUGGGACUACCCCGGCCCCCGACAGAGCUGGAGGGUCCCGACCAGCUACCCCUGCCCGGGCCGCUGCCUCAGGGCCCGCCGCCACCGCUCCAGCCAUGAGACUCGGGGCCAGCUCUCGCAGUGCGCCUCUUUGCAUGCACCUGUUAAGCGGUUUUGUGUAUUAUGCUCUAUAUCGCCGUUAACGUUCAUGGGACUGACUGUUCUAUAAUUUUAAAAAUUUGUUUUCUAAAGACUGUUUUUUUUUGGUGGUGUUGCUGCACCUCAAGUGCAGAGAUGGUUUAAAAAAACAAAACCAAAACAACAAAAAGGAAAAAAAUGUCAAGCCAAUUUCUGCUGUAUUUAUUUGGGAUCUGUAUUACCCGAGUCGGGAAUGCUGCACCACUUUAAUUAUUUCGAUGUAUAUAUAUUUCCAUUGUGUUGAUUCUG